GGCCGGUUAAAGUACAAACAUAAUUAAAUUCGGCAACGACCUUUCAUCAGCUAAUGGUGUGCUAGUUCUUUAACGAAUAUAUUUAGACUGAUUUUAGGUACAAAAUGGAUCGCAGAGCAAACGACUUUCACACGACAGUUCAAAUGCUGAUAGGUGAUGGUGAAGAGAAAGCCAAGUUAUACCAAAUAAUGCGAGAUUAUCACAGAAAUAAAAAUUUAACCGACUUGGUAACAAAAUUGAAAGUGAUAUUAUGUACACCAAAACGUUUAGCUGUAUUCCAGAUAAUCAGACAAUUCGUGCCACCAGCGCAGCAACAACAGUACGAUGUUCUCUGUCCCCCACAGAUUAGCAAAGAAAUUCGCAAGGUUCGACUUGUCAGAAAGGAUGUAGAGCCACUGGGUUUUCGUAUUCGAGGGGGUGCUGAAUAUGGUGUCGGUGUAUACAUUUCGGAGGUUUUUCCAAAAUCUCAAGCAGACAGGCAAGGUCUCAAGGCUGGCGACGAAAUACUGCGAGUGAAUGGUUUCAAGUUAAGUCAAGCCAUUCAGAGCGAAGUAGUAGCAUUGAUGAACAUUCGACGAGAUCUCGUAAUUAAGGUUCGAUCUGUUGGAAUGACGCCGAUAAAGAAUGGAGCCACCGAUCCAAUCAAAUGGAAGUUUGUUACUGAUGUAGCUUUUGCUGCCACUUCUUUUCUGGAUGACGUAUUAGAUUCAUUUGAAAGUCCGGUCCAGAGUGAAAAGAGAUCCGGCAAGAAUACCGUUAAAAUUGAUCUGUCAAAAGGCGAUCCUCUUGGUUGUGGAAUCAGUACAAAUGAAUCAGGAAAUCAUGGAGUGUUUGUCCACCGGGUUUCUGCAGGUUCUCUUGCAGACAAGGCUGGAAUAAAGCCCGGAAAUCAAAUACUUGAAGCGAAUGGCGUGGACCUUACAAAUGCUUCUCAUGCGGAUGCUAUCAAAGCCAUCAAGUCCCGAACUUCACUUGUGAUGGUACUUGUGAGCAAAGAGGUUACAGCAGUGACCAAUCGUCAACAUAAACAACGUACCAGUAAUGACACACCAAAGAAACCGGCUGCUCCAUCCGUAACAGGAGAAAAUUGGUGGACCAACCCACCUGAAAAUAUGUUCACCGAUCGCCAGAUAGAUGGACGAGAUUUACGAAAAAUUGAACUAAAAUGUAAUCAAUUGGAUUUCGAAGUUGAAGGUGGUAAAAAUUCUCCAUUGAUGGGGAAAAUAAUGGUGUCUGACGUACAACCUGAUGGGGCUGCUGAUAAAUCGGGACAAAUUAAUAAAGGCGACCAGAUUAUGUUGGUUGAUGGAAAAACAUUUAUAGAUAUCUCACUAAAAGAAGCAGAAACAUUUCUUGAAGGCCAAAUUAAAAAGAAUGGCAAGAUUCGUGUGAUUGUGGCCGUUUCCCACAUAAAGAAUUUUUCGGACGACGUUACGUUCUUCUAAAAUAACUAGAUUAGAACGUUAUGUUGCCUGGUCUAAACUUCACUGACUUCAUUUCAACUCCACUCAUGGGCUUGGUGAAACUAGAAUCAACAUUACUACACAAUGCUAUUGAAGUUCUGGCGUUUUGGCUCUGUUGUAUAAUAUUAUGUAUUAUGGACAAUAGAUAAACCUUUAAUUUUACCUCUGUAAGCUAAUGGUACAGUAACUUAAUGAGUAACACUAUAAAUGAUCACUAGGUUUACUAUAGCUAUCCCAACACAAGAGGAGUUUUCACGUAGUUCAACACAUGCACCGUUAAGUCCAUAAGCAGUGGACGUUCACACCAUAUCUAAUUUUCCAUAUCUUUAGACAGAUUGAACAAAGAAACAGCUCCUGUUAGGGUAUGAAAUUGUAGAGUAGUUACUUAACGCUUUCACUUACAUUUGAAUGCUGUGUUACGCAUUAAGCCUACAUAAUAUAUUUUGUGACUGUUAUAAGCUCUAUCCAGACUAUCCAAUUUUUUUGACACAAAAACUCUUGUAUGCCCAUAUAUAGUCAUGAUGUGCCUAUAUAUGGUUAUGAUACAGUGGCGUAUCCAGAACUCUUGAAAUGGGGGUGCUGAUGAGGGGGAAAAGAAAGUGAAGUGGGGGAGGGGGCUCAAUGAUCAGUUGAGGGGUACUAAUUCGGAAAAUAAGGUGAUUUUAAGUACUUGACCGUGAUUUUUUUUUGGGGGGGGGGGGCAACUGAGGAAGCACAAGUAAUUUGGAGAGUGCAUGCAAACCUCCCCCGCGCACCCCCUAGAUACGCCACUGUCAUUAUGUGAUGUCAUCAUGACUAUAUUUUUGUCAAAUAAAUUUGAGUCUGGACAGGUCAAAAAAGUGCUGUUAUAUUUUACUAGCACUUUCAGAGUACAGUCCACUACACUUUAAUGAGAUUUAUUGAGGGGCUUGAGGGAUUCUUGCUUUUCAAUCCACAGUGUUCUGGAUUCAAAUACUGUAACUGCUUUUUGUUCACUAUUUAAAAAUAAACACCACUGAAAGGGUCGCCCUCUAUGGGUUCAAAUUCAAACUAAUAAUUAAUUGAUUAUGUUUAUAAAUAUUGUUUGCAUGGUGAAAUAUUAAUAUAUUAAUGCUUGCGGUACACCCCGUAAAUAGUUCCGAAAAAACUGUUGUUUGUUGAAAAUGUCUUUACGUUUUGAUUGAGUUGCUUCAAUCGUCUUCAGGAGAAUAAAAUCUGCAGAUAAUCCAAACACGUUUAUAAACUAUGUAAACAAUUUGUUUUCUUCUAAACACAAUCGCUGCUAGUAUACUAUAAAGCCGGCCAAUGUAAAAUCAUUCAGAUUUGUUUUACCAUCAUGGAAUGUCAUCCGACCACCAACACAAUGCUCUACAUUUUAAGAAAAGCUUUAACAGUGAUAAGCCACAUUUACACAACACUGAGUGCAUUUUUAUCGUGUUGUUAUCGUGUCUAGUGUAAACGUAGCUAUCAGUACUGAAGUAUAUGAGCUAUAAAUGAGUUUCCAACAAUAGGAAAUAAAAUACAUUGUAUGUUUUCUUGUUUUAUGAUUUUUUUAUUCACUUAUUAUAAAUCUGAAAUUAAAGUUUGGUUGUAAUAGCCAUCAAUGCACAUAAAGGAGUAAACAACUAAGAUGAAAAGUGUUAAUAAAACAUGUAGAGCCUUUAUUUGUACCUUUCCUUUGUCUCAACCUACCUUCGCUAUGUAACUGGUUAAUCAAGCAUAAUAAAUGUCUGUUGUUUUUUCACAGAUGCAUACUACAUCAAUUGAUGACAUCACCUUUUCUAAAAAACAUUUUUUAAAUUUAUUAAAAUCAUGAACUUGGUAGAUUACUGAAAAACCAGGUUAUUUUCAAAUCGAUAUUCAAUAGGAUACUAUGCUUUUUUCAAAUGAAUAUUAUAUUCUUGAGAUGCUUCUCUAAAAAGCAAUUAGUAGACAUAGUACACUAUGGGAAAAUUAUUAUACGAAGAUUAGAUUUAAUGCUUGAAAAAUUAACAUUUCUGCAUUCGAGAGAGAAUACAGUCACUGACUUUUGGUCGGUGCAUGCAGACAUGUAAAAAUCGUGCGAUGAUUUCAUAACUAGGCUAAGGUCUAGUAGGAGACCUCGGCGGACUCCUGCCUGGCCGUAGGCCUACUUCUAAAGUAGUCUUUAAAAUAGGUCUAGAAUAUUCCUAUUAAGCGUUCAGUUGUUUUGUUUAUGAGUGUUGACUGAUUCAAUGAAUUCCUUAAUUGUUCAUACACAAUAUUAAAUUUGAAGUAACUUUCUUUGGGUCCUAAUUAAGCUUACUUUACGAAAGUAAUUUUCAAUUACAACCCAAUUUUUAUUGCGGUGCGAGAUGUCUUCGUGGUGACGAAAUAAUUAGAUUAUUUUCUGCACACGAACCUUAAAAAUAUCAAGCCAAGCGUCCACUAAUGGAAAAAUUAGUGGACUGUGGGGGAUAGGCAAAUAACAUUGGGAGUUGCAGUGAUGACAUCACGAUUGACUUAAAAUAGUGCUUAUGAUACAAAAUAUAAAAUUUAGGUUAAUAUUGAUAUAACUUUCACUGUCUCAUAGCGGAAAGAGAAUGAGGACGGCUGUAUGGUGUAGGAUGACCUUGUAUACUUUCAUUGAGCACUGAGGUGGAUGGCUCUGUUUUUGUAAUGGUAGCAAUAUUGUUGGUUUAUUCAGGUAACUCACAAAACAUUAUUAAAGGUCAAAGAGCCAGGAACUAU